AGACGGCGGAGGAGGCUUGGAGGAGGUGGUGGCCGGUGGCUACGUGGGGCUGCUAGCGAUGAAGCCGCCUAGUUCAAUGCAAACAAGUGAGUUUGACUCAUCAGAUGAAGAUCCUAUAGAAGAUGAACAGACUCCAAUUCUGAUAUCAUGGCUAUCCCUGUCACGAGUGAAUUGUUCUCAGUUUCUCGGUUUAUGUGCUCUUCCAGGUUGUAAAUUUAAAGAUGUUAGAAGAAAUAUCCAAAAAGAUACAGAAGAAUUAAAGAGCUAUGGUAUACAAGACAUAUUUGUUUUCUGCACCAGAGGGGAACUGUCAAAAUAUAGAGUCCCAAACCUUUUGGACUUCUACCAUCAGUAUGGAAUUAUCACUCAUCAUCAUCCAAUCCCAGAUGGAGGGACUCCUGACAUAGCCAGAUGCUGUGAAAUAAUGGAAGAGCUUGCAAUCUGCCUUAAAAAUAACCGGAAAACCUUAAUACAUUGUUAUGGAGGACUUGGGAGAUCUUGUCUUGUAGCCGCUUGUCUCCUCCUAUACCUGUCUGAUGCAGUAUCACCACAGCAAGCUAUUGACAGUCUGAGAGAUCUGAGAGGAUCUGGGGCAAUACAGACUAUAAAGCAAUAUAAUUACCUCCAUGAAUUCCGGGAAAAAUUAGCUGCACAUCUAUCAUCAAGAGAUUCACUAUCAAGAUCUGUAUCUAGAUAAAAAAAAAAAGUCAAAUAUGGC